CCCUCUCCCACCCACCUCCACCGCACGCCACGCGCGUCCAGAACCAUCGAUCUCCGUAUCCUGCGCAUCGAUAUCCGACGACAUGAAGGACAUCACCGCCACGGCUUCCAACCGCCAAGCGCGCGCCUCCCAGAUCUACACCCGGAAGCGACCCUCUCCCCAUGGCGUCCACAAGUCCUCAUCCACCAAGACGCCCAUGCUCUACCCCACCAGCGCCUACCUCAGCCGCAAAUCGCCCCGCUCGCUCAAGCGCACGCGCGAGUCACAGCGGGAAGCCCACCUUGCCGCGCUCCGGCGGGAAGGCAUCUUCAUUGAGGACGAGUACCGAGAGGAGAUUCGCCAGUACAUGCACUAUAUGGAGCGCUACACGGCAUGCUCAGCGCAGUCCAUGGACCAACAACCGGAGAUCCGGUGGCAUAUGCGCCCCUGCCUUGUCGACUUCCUGGUCGAAGUUCACUUCACCUUCCGCCUGCGCCCCGAGACUCUCUACCUCACGCUCAACAUCGUCGACCGCUACGUCUCUCGCCGUAUCGUGUAUAUCAAGCAUUACCAACUGGUCGGCUGCGCGGCGCUCUGGAUCGCCGCCAAGUUCGAGGAUGCCAAGGAGCGCGUGCCCACGGUACAAGAUCUCGUUCAGGUCUGCCGGGAAGCAUACGACGAGUCGCACUUUAUCCAGAUGGAGGGCCAUGUCCUUUCCACCAUCGACUGGACGCUCGGCCACCCGACCGCGGAGGCGUGGUUGCGGGUCAUGUGCUGCGACCCAUACCCGGAGGAUACCCGCGUACAGCACAUCGCCCGCUUCCUCAUGGAGAUUACGCUUUUCUACCGCGAGUUCGUCCCCUACGCGCCGUCGACUAUCGCGCUCGCUGCCCUGACGCUCGCGCGCUUCAUCUGCGACAAGCGGCCACAACUCUGGGAGUCGACGUGGGACGAGACGCCCGAGUGCUUGGAAGUCGUCGAGUUCCUCGACAUCCGGUUGGCGAAGCACGUCAACGACUUGUCCGAGACGGUCAUCAAGAAGUACUCGUAUGCGUUCUACUCGAAGGCGGCGACGCACGUCGUGCAGUGGUACUUGCAGGGUGGGCGGUAUCAAAGACCGUUGGCGUCCUUGCCGACGAGCCCCGUUACUCCGCUGCGCUCGCCAGCAUCGUGCAGCGGGACGCCCUCUCGCACGCAUCGUCCAAAAGUUCAUCAGCCGCAAAAUGUAAUACCAUACACGUCGCAUCCGACACCAGCAAUUCUGUCUCGCACGCCAAUCAUCCAUGCAUCACACUUUCAUCCGCAUCUCUUGCAACAUCGUAACAUUAUUCUAUCCCGGUAUCCGGCAGGGCACAUCCUAGAUCGUCGAGCGGCGGGAAGCAUCGCAGAGGGCGCGCACACACCCUCCAAAAUGCGUCGCAACUUCAUGGACAGUUCCAUCUGCCCGCCUCGAGCCCUCUGUGUAUACUCUGCACGCGCUCCCCUUCAUCUUCUGGUGUACCCUUCACUCAUUUUCCACUUGUCACAUUAUGCAUCAUCAUCCCCCGCGCAUCCUCAUUCAUUCACGUACAUACUUGACCAGGGUCGACAGCCAUUCUUAAUCUUCCUUGCCCUCACUUUUGCCCCAACCAUUACAACCUCCCUCGCCUUCGUUCAGUGUCUUACUUUAUUGUUUCUUUAUGGUAGUCUACCCCCACGCCAGAUCCGGUCGGUCGCGCGCCUCACCAGCGCGCGGUUUGCCGGCGUCUUUGUUGACGUUGGUGCUUGCGCUUCUACUACUAUCGUUUGGUGGGUCCAUCGGCUUGUUACAGUAGUUGUUACAUACCGCUCUCCGUGCGCAUUACCUACGUAUCCUUUCAUUUUACUGCACUGUUGCAUAAUUGACUGUCGACCGCUACACAAUCGAGAGAGCCGUGCUGUAGAAUUUCGGGGUGAUUUCCCAGUGGGCUAGUCCUUCAUGAUAGCUCGGCGCGUUUAUGCAAGGUCUGGUU